AUGUCAGUGAAAGAGGCCCUAUGUAUUGUGUCGAAAGUUUUCGAAGGGAACAAGAAGGAUUUAAGAGAAUUUAUCGAAAACGUAGAUGCAGCUUUUGAAUUAGUAAAGCCUGAGGAACACGAAACGUUAUUGAAGUUCGUGAAAGCAAAGAUAACCGGUGAGGCCAGGUCGAGAUUGCAGGUGCGUGAACGCACAGGUACGUGGCAAGAGGUGAAACACGUUUUAGAGGAAAAUUAUGCCAGUAAGCGUACUAUAGACUACUACGCAUGUAAAAUUUUCCAAGCCAGACAGGGACAAGGGGAACCGAUAGCAAUGUGGGCAAGCAGAAUUGAUGAAAUGCAGAGAGACUUUCGCGAAGCGGUAAACAGAGUUACGGCCAGAGAAAACUUGAAAGGUGCAAUAGAACUAGUUGACUCCUUAGGAAGAGCGUGUUUUAUACAGGGUUUAAGUAAUGACAGAAUACAAACAAUAGUGAGAAGCAGAGGCGAUGAAAUCACGUUGACAGCCGCAGUGGAGUUGGCACUGCAGGAGGAGAGUGCGAUAUUGUCCAUGAGAGAGCGGGGACUAGCCCCGAGGGUCGGGAACGACUUCGCCAGCGACCCCGACGCGAAAGCCGGCGUCCGGUCUGACGCAGUUGCGGCGAACUUCACACUGGCGGCCUACGUCAUUGACGACGACCACAUACAGCGGGUCCACGAGCAAUUGCCAACCUUCCGCGUCGCAAGGGAGGAAGGCGACGUUAUCGAGCAGAUAACGGAGGAGGAAGUUGCUGUGCAGCUUCGCUCGCUGAACUCCAAGAAGUUGAGGCAAGUGUCGCUGAAGCGCAACUCCGGCGUGUCGGGUGGUCAGAGCGGGCAGUGGCAGAGGCAACCAGCAGCGAGGCGGGAGAGCUGCACCGGCCGCGGCUGUUCUGCUGCAGGCGAGCCAACGAGCAGCCUACAGCCGGCUGCGACUGCUGUCUGCUGCUGUGUGGCGCUCAUUAACGCCGGCGGCUGUGGCUGUGGGGAAGGGGCGGGACCGGGAGGCCUGUCUCAUUAG